AGAAUAAUUAGAAUUAUAAUGCGUGCUGGGCUGGAAGUUUCAAGGAAGGUGGCCCGAAGGUCACCUAGAAAUAAUGCGAUUUCUUUUUCGUUGGAUUCGCAUCUUUUUCAGGUUUUCGGCACUGCUUGUGAUAAAAGAUCUGUCCUCCUUUUGACGAGGAUUGAGCGAAGAAUUGUGCUAGAAAUGUGAAAAGAGAGAGAGAGACCAACCAGAAAUUGCUUUGCUUUCUGCAACUGAUUCUUUGUUUUGCUGAUUGCGCAAUACUGGAUCCAUGGAGGAUAAGCCAUUCUGUGAUUGGUCCAGAACAGUGGAAGAAUGCUUGAAAGAAUAUGAUGUGAGUUUAGAAAAAGGAUUAAGCUCUCAGCAAGUGGAGAAACACCGACAAAGAUAUGGAUGGAAUGAGCUUCAGAAGGAAAAUGGCAAGCCUUUGUGGAAGUUGAUUCUAGAACAAUUUGACGAUACACUAGUUAAAAUUCUGUUGGGGGCAGCUUUCAUUUCAUUUAUUCUUGCCUAUGUGGAUAAAAAUGACAUUGGUGAGGGGGGCAUGACAGCCUAUGUGGAGCCUUUGGUAAUUCUCUUAAUCCUUGUGCUUAAUGCCACUGUAGGAGUAUGGCAGGAGACUAAUGCUGAGAAGGCUUUAGAAGCCCUCAAAGAAAUGCAAUCUGAGCAAGCAAAGGUUCUGAGAGAUGGCUAUAGUAUUCCAAAUCUUUCUGCCCGAGAACUUGUUCCAGGGGAUAUAGUUGAACUCAGGGUGGGAGACAAGGUUCCUGCAGACAUGCGAAUUGCAUCCCUGAAAACAUCAACCUUGAGGAUGGAACAGAGCUCUCUCACUGGAGAGAGUCAGCCUGUUAUUAAAAGCACAAACAAAAUCCGUAUGGAUGACUGUGAGUUGCAAGCUAAAGAUUGCAUGGUUUUUGCAGGAACUACUGUUGUCAAUGGUUGCUGUACUUGCAUUGUUGUGAGCAUUGGAAUGUCUACAGAAAUAGGACAAAUUCAAGCACAAAUCCAGGAAGCUUCUUUAGAAGAUGAUGACACACCUUUGAAAAAGAAACUUGAUGAAUUCGGGGAAUAUCUGACAAAAGCCAUUGGUAUUGUUUGUCUUCUGGUGUGGAUCAUAAGCUAUAAAAAUUUUCUCUCAUGGGAAGUUGUUGAUGGCUGGCCAAAGAAUAUUAGGUUCUCAUUUGAGAAGUGUACCUAUUAUUUCAAGAUUGCUGUUGCUUUGGCUGUUGCUGCUAUACCUGAAGGAUUGCCUGCUGUCAUUACGACUUGUUUGGCCCUUGGGACUCGGAAGAUGGCACAAAAGAAUGCCAUUGUGCGGAAGCUACCUAGUGUUGAGACAUUGGGUUGUACAACAGUAAUUUGCUCUGACAAGACAGGCACGCUUACAACGAAUCAGAUGUCAGUUACUGAAUUUGUAACCUCAGGUCACACUGCCAGUUCAAUUCAAGAAUUUCAUGUAGAAGGAACAACAUAUAACCCCACUGAUGGGAGCAUCUUAGAUUGGCCUGCACACAUGAGUGCAAAUUUGGAAACUCUAGCAGAAAUUUCUGCAAUUUGCAACGAUGCAGGAAUUUCUUGUCAGAGUCACCAGUUCCGUGCUACAGGAUUGCCCACUGAGGCAGCUCUGAAGGUUUUCGUUGAAAAGAUGGGAAUCUCUGGUUUGAAGGCGAUGAACAUUGGUAAUGGUGGAAACCAUAUUGCCAACUAUGCUAUUGAGAAUGGCACAGUAAAAUUAGUUUAUUGUGAUCAGUUGAUAGCAAAGUCAAAGAGAUUGGCUUUGUUGGAGUUUGAUCGAACCCGGAAAUCUAUGGGUGUUAUUGUUAGGAAUCCUUCUGGACAAAAUCGCCUCUUAGUUAAGGGUGCUAUGGAAAAUGUAUUAGAAAGAUGUUCUUUCCAACAAUUAGCAGAUGGAACCAUAAUUGAAAUGAAUGAUGUAUCUAGGGAGUUACUCUUAAAGAGGCUUCACCAAAUGAGUUCUAAGGCUUUGCGUUGUUUAGGCCUUGCAUAUAAAGAAGACCUGGGAGAGUUUUAUGAUUAUGAUGGAGGGAAUCAUCCUGCUCAUAUGAAAUUGUUGGACCCUGAUAAUUAUUCUCAGAUAGAGAAUAAUUUGAUCUUUUCUGGUCUUGUCGGAUUGAGAGACUGUCCUCGUGAAGAAGUUCAUGAAGCAAUAAAAGAUUGUAGAGAAGCUGGUAUUCGUGUGAUGGUGAUCACUGGUGAUAACAAGUUCACAGCAGAAGCCAUAUGUCGGGAUAUUGGUGUAUUUUAUGAAGGAGAGGAUCUCAGUGGAAAAAGUUAUACUGGAAGAGAAUUUAUGGAACUGCCCUUGAGCAAGCGUCGUGAAGUUUUGGCAAAGCCUGGUGGUCGUGUUUUCUCUCGAGCAGAACCUAGGCAUAAGCAGGAUAUAGUCCGCAUGCUCAAAGAAGCUGGUGAGGUUGUUGCAAUGACUGGAGAUGGUGUAAACGAUGCACCUGCUUUAAAGCUUGCAGACAUUGGAAUUGCUAUGGGAAUUGCUGGUACAGAGGUUGCCAAGGAAGCAUCAGAUAUGGUCUUGGCUGAUGAUAAUUUCAGCACUAUUGUGUCUGCUGUUUCAGAAGGUCGUUCAAUUUACAAUAACAUGAAAGCUUUCAUAAGGUACAUGAUAUCAUCAAAUAUUGGUGAGGUAGCUUCUAUAUUUAUAACUGCUGCAUUAGGCAUGCCUGAUGGCUUGAUACCAGUGCAGCUUCUUUGGGUAAAUUUGGUCACAGACGGUCCUCCUGCAACAGCUCUUGGUUUUAAUCCUUCUGACAUAGAUAUUAUGAGAAAACCACCUCGGAAAAGUAAUGAUGCCCUAAUUAAUGCCUGGGUGUUUUUCCGCUACAUGGUCAUUGGUUUAUAUGUGGGGCUUGCAACGGUUGGUAUAUUUGCUUUGUGGUUCACACAUGAUUCAUUUUUAGGGAUAAACUUAUCUGCAGAUGGCCACACGUUGGUAACCUUUUCACAGCUCACCUCAUGGAGUGAAUGUCCAUCUUGGGAAGGUUUUAGUGUUUCACCAUUUUCAGCUGGUGUGAGAAUUCUUUCAUUUGAUUCCAAUCCUUGUGAUUAUUUUUCAAGUGGAAAAGUCAAAGCAACAACUCUUUCUCUCUCUGUACUAGUGGCCAUUGAGAUGUUCAACUCACUUAAUGCCCUGUCUGAGGACAAUAGUCUGCUCACCAUGCCACCAUGGAUUAAUCCUUGGCUAAUGUUGGCAAUGUCUGUUUCUUUUGGGCUUCAUGCUUUGAUCCUUUAUGUACCGUUUCUUGCCAACAUUUUUGGCAUUGUACCCUUGAGCUUGAGCGAGUGGUGUUUAGUUAUGGUAGUUUCAUUUCCAGUGAUAUUGAUAGAUGAAGUUUUGAAGUUCAUUGGAAGGACAAUGUCAAGAAGACACCAGAAGUAUAAAACUAUUUAACUGUGGACUGCCUUUAUUUGGCUUUUCUAACUGGCUGUCUCUACAAUUUUGCAAAAUGUAUUGUCUCCAAGAUAAUUUUUGUCACCUGGAAUUUUUUCAUCAACUCUACAAUACAUAAGAGGAGACUUGAUCGAGGGUCAUGCAUUGGUUUCAAUUAACAAAUAAGGUGACCUCUGGAAAGGAAAAUGAGCAACGUAUUUGCUGUCCUUAAUGUAAUCAGACAAGGUUUCCAAAGGCAUAUCUCUGUAAUGCAUCUCAACUUUUGAUGAUAGAAAUGUUCUUUAUACUAAUCCAAACUGACAUGUUUGUAUCUGAUUUUCAUGUUGUAUAUGUAAAACUUUAUUGCGAAGUAAACUGAAAUUGUUGCCGAAUAGGUGUCUUUC